AUGCCUGACCCAUUCUCCGCGAUUAGCGGGGCAGCUGGCGUGGUGUCCUUGGGCCUUACGGCGUGUCAAGGUCUUGUCGCCUACUACGGCCCGUUCAAAUCAUUCAGCACCGAAAUAGAGAGCUUCGUUACGAGCGUUAAUGGUCUUAGCGCAACGCUGGAAGUGUUGAAGUCUAGGAUCAACCGGCUUCAAAACCCCGUCAACCCAUAUGUAGCCGAUGAACUGCAACUCGUGACCGAUAGAAUCAACGACUGUGAAACUGCCUUACAGCAUCUCUCGCAGACGCUCAAGAAAUGCCAGGGAUACGACAUAGCGGGGAUUAUAACAAGGAAGGGAAAGGCAUUUGCGAGGGCGCAAUAUCCUUUCAAACGUGGGACAUUGGUGUUUCUGACCCAGACAGUUACGGGGUUGCAGUCGAAUUUGGAUAUAGCCUUGCACGCCCUUCACCUUGCAAUGUCGCAUUGCAUACAGGAGCAAAAUAACUCUUUUCUCGCCGUCUCUCAGUCUAUAGCUUCCGAUGUCGCGACCCUCCCACCAUCUUUGCAACAUCUGCACACCAACCAGCAAGAAAUCCUACAGAUAGUAACGAGAAUGCAGCAACUGCAGCUUACGGCCAUUGACCAGUCUACACAAUCAUCCGCUGUAAACAGCGCCAACCGCGAGAUAGCAGCUCACGCUGUCCUCCCAUAUCACCGAGCUCAUACAAACACCCAGUCAGUUGGGAAAGACUGUACCUGCACCAUGACUGGUAGCUGGCUAUUCAGGUCAACCAGCAUACUAUCUGGAAUUCGGGGCCAUCAGUUCGGGUGCCCCAAGUACUAUGAUCGAGAGGUUACUACGGUCGUUAAGGGAAAGUUCACCAUCCUGAACAGGUUUUGGGGGUAUUCAGCUUACAUAGGUGUCCAACUCAUCCGCGAAGACGCUAGCAUUACGAUAAGCCCAACCAUAAAUGUCUGGCCUGUGGUAGACGAUGAUUCGCCCGCAUUCCGGAUUCUGUACGGGAUUGGCAAAUAUGAGAACAUAAACGAUGCGUUGGCAGAGUUGCGCAGUCUAUAUAAUAGCGGGAGGGCUUCGCCAAGGGACACGCUCCCAGAUGGAGAAACCCUUAUUCAUGCUGCUGUACGGAAGCUCCCAUACCUGUCUGGGGCACUUAGGGUUGCGCAGUGUUGCCAAUUCCUCAAAGCCCUCGUGGGAUUAUCUCCCGUUGGCCUCAACCAGCAGUCCAUCUUUGGUGGUACAGUAUUUGACACAUUGCUGUAUAUCGGGACCCGCGGUAUAUUGGAUGAUACAGAUGAUCUCAGUUCCGAUGUCCGCGCAUUGGCGAGUCUCUCCAGAGUACUCAUAGACCAUGGAGCUGUAGUCACGAUCGAGUCCGCAAUCAAGAAGCCAGCCUACUUCGAAAUCUUUUAUCAUCAGUAUUCCGGGCCUAUCCCUAACUACCUGUUUCUCCCUACCGUGAUCGAUGAUUGCGGUGCAGAAGAGUUCCCUUUCUCCAGACUUGAACUAUCCGUGCUCCAGCGAGACGAGGUUGUAAUCGCAGAGAUUCUAGGAAGAAUCGGGCCUGACGAUCGGCUUACUACAAAUGAGAGAUGCGCCUACACAUCGGCAAUUUUUUGGCCGCGCGGGCUGCGAAUUAUGCUGAACUUAUACGUCCCUGAGUCCCUCCAGUUUCUACUUGACGAGGCACUCAUCAGUCGCCAGUUUGAGUCCGCCAAAAUAGUCAUGACCGUUGGCAAAUGUUACAUUUCGAAUUUACUAAUCCAGCGAGCCGCAGAAUACUAUAACCCAGCAAUAUUUGAAAUGUUAGCAGCUAACCUGGCAGAGCAAAGACGGUGCCUUCGCCAGCAGGCUUGCCGGCUUCUCUCACCCAGUACCCUACAUGAUUUGGGGUUGAGCAAUUCAGAGGGUCUCCUUGAUAGUAAGGCCUUCGAAGUGGAAACAGCACUCGGCGACCCGUACGAUGGAAAGUGGUUAGGCUGGGCUGAAAUCCUAACCCGUUAUUGGGCUGGUUCAUCUGUUUACCACAUAAUCGGCUCUAAUGUGGACGCAGCAAAGGCGCUUUACAGUCAGGGAUUCACCGACGUGAACCAAAUGGAUGUUGGUGGGCUAGUGCCAUUAUGUGCAUCUGGCAUCGUGAGUAUGGAUCUCGAUAAGUUCUUGGAAAUGUGCGAAUGGCUCCUCGACAAAGGUGCUUCACUUCACUGCCCACCCUCGCCUCUCCCUUGGCUGUUUACACCUGGACAUAAUGUUGCACACGGUGUUGGCGAAUGGCUCAAGCGUAAAUUACGCUGUACUAGGGACGAUUCUAUGAGUGAGUGGCCCAACAAGUUGGAAAUAUGGAUCCCUGUACUCUCUGAAAUUUGGUUUACUCAAUGUGCAAACCAUUGGACUCUACUGCAGCAGGUAUUCACAGACACCCAACAUCGCGAUGGUUGUUUAUGUGCUUGCAUGAGUAAUGGCUGUUUACCAUUAAACGUAUUCCUGAGGACGGCCUUGCGCGAGUGCUGGCACAUAUUGCACGGCUUCCCAAAUUCAAUUCCUGGAUACAUCGUCGCCGGCAUUUUCGACGAUCAUAGCCCCUCAGCUGCUACCACCGUACGACAAUUGCAUGAUUGCAUAGCGCCCGUUGCGAUUCGUAUGUGCACAUUUGAGACCCUGGGUCUUCGCCAUACCUGCCGAUAUCACUAUGACUUCUAUCCCGAGCUUGGAGAUGUUGAGUUGGACGACAUAGCGGAAGUCCAAGAAGAGGAGCGAUUCCUCAUUAACCAACUAGAGCAACUGGUCUCAGAGUUUGAGAUGAAAUACAGGGAGCUUUGUGUGUCUCUUCCGGAGUUCCUGCGAGGAUACUGGGCUGAGCGAAUGGAAAAGGUGCUCACCGAGGCUUUUGAUGAGGAUGAAGCGCAUGCCAUGGAAGAAGCCGGAGUUGUUUUAGAAAUAUAG